AAAAAACCGUCCGUUGAAAAGCGUGAGGUGGGGGGAAAUGCACGUCAUGCUCUUCAGACGGCUCGAAUGAUCGCAGCGUGUGCUGGUACGUUUCAUUUAGCUCCACCGGAGAAGUGAAUCGUUUAGACCAGCGGAGGAAACGAAAGAGAUUUGAACCGAGUCGCGCACACUGAGUGGACCGGACAAGGCAGCAGCAACCCCGUUUCUCUUCAGCAGACCGAUAAGGAGACCCAGAUGGACAACAGGAACGCGUCUGAUGACAAGCCCGUUCAGCGUUCUAAGUCUUUCAGUUUAAAGACACAGACCGAGACGUGUGCAUCAUGUGAGAAAACCGUGUAUCCGAUGGAGAGAUUGGUGGCCAACAACCUCAUCUUCCACACCACGUGUUUCUGCUGCAAGCAUUGCAACACCAAACUCAGUCUGGGUACCUAUGCAGCGCUGGCGGGGGAGUUCUACUGCAAACCACACUUCCAGCAGCUCUUCAAGAGUAAAGGGAACUAUGACGAGGGCUUUGGGCGCAAGCAGCACAAGGAGCUCUGGGCCUCCAAGGAUGCAGAGAGCAUCACCAAGACAGCAUAAUCCUCAGUGAUUUCCAAAGCACCUUUCCCCUCCCUAGCCAAUGAUGAUGACCCUUUAUAUACUCUGCCCACAUCAGUACACGCACACACACACACACACACACACACGCACACACGCACUCUCACACACACACUCAUUUCAAGCACACAAGCAGUUGAUCCAGGUUUCUCAUCAUAUCACAACACAAUCACAGAUAUACCCCCCCCCCCCCAUGAUAGGGUUGAUUAGCUUCCCUUUUGUGUUUUGUUCAUUUUAUUUUUUUGUCCUCCCACCCUUCCUUCUCUGCUUGGUUUUAAUUUUUUUGUAGUUUUAGAAAAUGUCAUUUUGUGUUUGUUUUUUUGUUUUUUGUUUUUUUGUAGUGUUGUGGAGUUAACAGUUAGUUGAUUGUGACCAAAAAAUCUUUGUGUCCCUAUAGAUGUGAUGAUUCACUUAUUAGCGUCAUUACGAUUCUGUUUGGCAGUGCUAGUAUCAGUUGGUUUUCUGUUUCAAGAUGGUUUAGAUUACACACUCAGGUAAAGAUUCUGGGUUGUUGCAUCAAGAUUAUUCAGCAAUCUUUUAUGUACAUAGUGAAUCUAAAUGUUUUGUUUUAUUAUUGAUCUAUGUCCCUCACUUCAGUUACAGCAAUCUGUACUGUUUUCAAACUAAAUGGCUUAACAGUGUUCCUUAAAAUGGGAAAACUGACUUUUUUUGUUUUUGUUUUUCUUUGUCUGCUUUGCUGGCGCAGGGUAUUUUUUUUAUCUGUGAAUCUACAGGGUACACUGUACUGUAAAGAACUCACUUGAGUUUACCCCCCCCCCCACACACACACACACACUUUUCAUUCUUUUUCAUCCUCAUUUUGUCUUCUUUUGACAUUAAGAAUUGGUAUUUGACAGAUCCUGUCAAAUCUGUGAUCCAAUCAGACAAUAUCAGUCUUAUUAAGCAUGUGUAUCUUUUACCAAAUGUAGUUGUAAACACAAUAUUUGCUCGGAUAACAUUUACCUUUACUGAAUAUUUACCACUCUAAAAUUAAUUUGAUUACAAGUUAAGAUUUAGACUUGCUAAAACUUACAGUCUUAUACAUCAUCCAUCAUUUCUGGCGCCCUCUAGUGUUUUGGAUGAUAUUCCUUAUUUGACCUAAUGUUAGUUAUUCUUUGCCAUCUAUUGAUGCCCUCUAGUGAUAUCUAUGCUCAUUUUAUCAAACAUAAAUAUUCCUUGUAUAUCUUAUUUUAGUCAGAUUUUAGUGUUUUUCAGCAGACUGCACAUCAUAUUUUUUUUAUAUUGUUGCUCAGUGAUUUCUUGUAAAGGCAUUUGUAGAUAAGUACCACUAAGCUGAGUGAAUGUACUGUGAUGCACUGUACUGUACUUAUGCCUUGCUGCAUGGGACCAAGCUUGUACAACAAUAUUAAGAUAUUCACAGGGAACUAGGUCUCAGAGGAAAUGACAUUUAUGAUGCUUUGCACCAUUGACUGCCCCCCCACACACACUCUCCACCACUUCCUGUCAUCACAUAGUUUUUGGCUGUUUCCUGUGGGCUUCUCUGUGACGAGGUUUUGGGGGACUUUGAGCACAUAUGUAUCCGUGUGGCUCGGAAGCAUUGCUCAGGAAUAUGGAUGGGUCGCAGUGAUCCAGCAGUGUCACCCCUAGUGUUAAUUGUUAAAAGCUGUUGUUCACUAAAUGAAUCAUUUUUACACUCUAAAUCCACAAAAAGUCAGCAGUUGGGGUUUGAGCAGGAAGGGGGUGCUGUACAUCUAAAUGAACACUUCCAUCCCAGGUUUUAUAUGCACACGUCAGCGUGAAACUGUGACUUGUGGCCAUAAGCUGUGACCUCUCCAGAGGUUCAUGUAUUUGUGUACGAACAUCAUUAAUGCCAUCAUGUUGUUUCUUUUCAUGAAUGAAAUGCCUCUGUGUUUUAAUACUGUUGCUUUUUUGGUUUUCUAGUGGAACAUGGUAAAGCUGUUCUGAUAAGCCUGUAUUUGUUAAAUGCCAUAAGGAAGUGGUCUGUGGAUAGUUUUGCCUAUAGUUUUAGGGCCUUGAUAAUGGCUUGUUGUGUUUGCAAAUGUCUCGUCUGCCUUCCAGUGCAAUGGCCUUUUGUCUGUACGUUUGAGGAGAUUCUCCAUUUAGAGUUGCUAAGCCAUUGAAUAUUUUCCAAAAAUGUUCAACAGCCUGAACGCCACAAAAGUCGCUGUGUGUGUAUAUUUAAGAUGACUGUGAAAUUGCAUUGUGAGGUUUAGAUGAAUUAUCGAAAGCUCUUUGCAUGAACGGAAAUAAUAUUCUCAUAUUAAGCCUUAUUUUAGUUGAUUUUUUUUUUUUUUUUUUUUUUUUUUUUUUUUUUAAUUCAAUCAUUUUUCUAAUCAUUGUUUUCAGCUUCCUGUGAGUUUUUUUUUUUUCCCCAAGUCAUCAGCUUUUUAAAAUUUCAUAAUCAACUUUCUCACUCUCUCUCUUUCUCUGUAAAUGAUUUGGUCUUCUUCCCAAUGGAUUUUCUUUUCUGUCAAAAUGUGCUUUUAAUUUUGGAACAAACUUUUCACAGACACAAAUCACUGUGUUUACGCCAAUUGUUCGUUGUGUUUGCACGCAGUGCGCCAAGGUACAAAUGACAAAUGCUCACUGUCUUUUAUAAACUACAAAACAAAUAGGAAAAAGGUACUCUCUUCUUUGCUCUUUUCUGGUGGAUUUGUAGUUCUUGAAAUGUGUGAGUGUGUCUUUGUAAAUGUAUGGAUAUUUAAGGUUGCAAAAGAUUAUUUUUAAAUGCUGUUGACUCUCGUCUGCAUGCGUUGAGUGAGAGGAGAUAAAUGUACGCAAAGUGUAUUACUCUAUAUCUAAAACUUGAUCAGUGGAACAAGGUGGCCUUAAAGCAGAAGGAGGUCUUGGCUCUUUACUCGUCUCUUUUGUCCCCCAAUGGGUUUAUUUUUGUCUCAGUACUUUUAUCAGCCCUCCAGUUCAACUGCUACAAGAAUUUAUAAUAAAAUAUGAUUUUGCUUUCUUUCA